CGCUUCAUUCUCAAUUUAAUCAUUGUUAAAGUGAGACGUACUUCUUUUUUUCUCUUCGACAAAUAGUGUUUUGUGUGCUAAAGCAAAAGAAAAAGCAAAAAGAAUAUAAAAAUAAAAAUUCAUCACUUUGGGAAAAUUUUAAUAAUUUGUUUUGAUAUAAAAGACAAACAUUUAUAUUUUGUGUUGGAUUUUUAUUUCUUCUCAACUAAACUUCAAAUAUUUUCCUACAAUCCUCAACAAAAAGAAAAACCAGAUCCAUCAUAAGCGAAUCUAGAUUUCUUGAUUUUUCUAUCUAUGGGUUGUGGCCAAGUAGAAGAGAAGAAGAAAUUGUAAUUUGGGAGUUUCCACUUUUCCAAUUCUGUAAUUUACACAAAAUUGAAGUAAAUCAUCGCCGAUAAACUCUAAGACAAACGUUUAACUCUUAUUUUUGAAUUAAAAUUUUGAUUUAAUUGGGAAACAAGUCCAAAUUAAAUAACAAAAAACAAAAAAAAAAAAGAAAGAAAAGAGAAUUUUCUUUUGUGGUCGUCGUCGUCGGUCUUCCUCCCUGAAAAUCAAACAUGGCGGAUGUUGAAUCGUCUAGCUCGGCUGUACAACAGCCCCCAACUUCCACAAGUCACCUAAAUUCAAUACCAUUGAUUGCUGCUGAACUCUUAGUGGACAAUAGUAAUGCCCAAGUGAGCAUUCAGCAGCAGCAAUUGCAACCCCAAUCAUCGUCGGGGGGUGUUGGUGGCGGUGGUGGUAGUUCGUCGAGUGCUUCGUCGUCAUCAUCAGCAAACUCGUCGUCAUCGGCUUCGAGUGCUGGACAAACGAGAACAUCGUCUGUUGUUGUUGGUGGAGACUCCAAUGAACCAGAAGCAAAGAAACCCAAGCUGGACUUGGUUACAGCUGGUACAUCAGCCACUACCACACAACACGAAAAGCUCGAAUAUCGUUUAGGUGGGAUUCUAUGUUGUGCAGUUUGUUUGGAUCUGCCCAAGACGGCUAUGUACCAGUGCCAAAUGGGACAUUUAAUGUGUGCAGCUUGCUUUACCCAUCUAUUGGCCGAUGGACGUUUGAGGGAUCAAAUAGCAACUUGUCCCAAUUGUCGUGUUGAAAUCUCAAAGAGUACUGCAUCUAGAAAUUUAGCAGUGGAGAAAGCAGCUUCAGAACUUCCAAGCGAGUGCCAGUACUGCAACAAAGAGUUCCCAUACAAGUCUCUUGAACGUCACGAGCAACACGAAUGCCAAGAACGUCCUACAAAUUGCAAAUACUCAAGAAUUGGAUGUCAAUGGCGUGGACCUAAUCAUGAAACUACACAACAUGAAAGGGUUUGCUUACAUCCACAUAAAUCUGGCUAUGAAGUUAUGUCUGCCUUGGAAGCAUAUGACGCUAAAAUGAAAGAUGAAAAGAAAAUGUUCAGCACUCUUAUUGAUCUAUUGAGUUAUGAAAAAAUCAUUUUCAAUGAUCUACAAAUGAAACCAUACCGAACAGAUGAGUAUGUUCAUAAAUUGUUUUAUGAAACCGCCAGAUUUUCUGCAUUCAAUCAACAAUGGGUUGUUAAAUCCAGAAUAAACAACAGUCAACGUGACCCACACCAAUCAAAUGAUAGAACGAUUACCUAUCAACUUAUUCUAAAAACCAAGACAAGUACACCUUUGAGCAUUCACUUCUUUGCCCUCAAAGGCCCAUUUUCUGAUAUGAAAGUUUCAACACAAAUCUACAAACAUGACUUUACAGACCUAAACACAGAAAGUGACUACUACACUUUACCCCUUCCAGACAGUUCGGAAUGUAAUCGUUUGCUUUCAAACAAAGCAAUCAAUUUCAGACUUUUGAUGUUUUUACUAAAUAAAUAAGUUUAAAACUAAGGAUUACCAACCAAACGUCAUUAAAACAAUACAAAACAAAAAAAAAGUCCAAACCCUUCUAAAUCUUAAAAAGAAGAAUAUAAACUGCUUAUAUUUUUUGUAUAACGAUUAAACUUUCAUGUCCUGAUCAUGGAGAGUUCGUUUCUUUUAAUAUUUAAAAACAAAAAUAUAACAUAAUACUUUUUAUAUAAAUUUAAAAAAAUAUAUAUCUAUAUAAAUUUUAUUUUAACUUUUCAUUAAAAAAUAAAAAGAAAAAGACAUUUUUAUUUUCAAAAUUUCAAAAUAAAUAUUUGCAAUAAAAUAAAAAUAUUGAACUACAUUUUUAUAUGUUUGCCAUUUGUGUUUUUUGUUUUUAUUAUUUCUUUGAAAGAAAGUCAAUCAAUAAGAGGAAAUAAAUAAGCAACAAAAUAAUAAGUAGUUAUAAUGAAAGUUAUAAGUAAGAAAGAGCAUAUGCUGUAAUAGAACAAAAUAAAAAUAAAGUUUAAAAACAGAGCAUAAGUUGUUUGCAGAUCAAAACAAAAAAGUUAUAAAUUUAAAAUCUUCAUAAAAUAAACAGUAAAUAAAAUAAACAACAAUACAACAAACAAAAACAAAAAAGAUAAAACUUUUAUUAGAUUUAAAUUGAUCUCACUCAUAAUAAUUAUUAAAAGUAUAAAAUUAAAAAAUAAUACACGAUUAUUAUGCUAAGAAAUAAAAAAGUAAUCAAUUCUGUUUUCCAUUGGCAAUAAAUUCGCGUUAACAUCUUCUAACAUCUUCUGUGCAUUAUAAACAAAAAACAAACAAAAAUUUUAACAAAACAAAUUUUAAAACAACAAACAAACAAACAAAAAACACUGCUGCUAUGCUAUGUAAUAAAAUAUAAACUUUUUUGUUUUUUUUUUGUUUCUUAUUUAACAAAAUAAAUAAUAACACCACACCUAUGUAUCUUUGAUUUGAAAUGAAGAUUUAAUUUUGUAAUAAAUUAAAAAUUAAGUUAAGGAGAAUUUAUAUAGGAAAAUUUAUAAUUAUAAAUUACAACAACUAUAAUAUAUAUAUGCAUACAAAAACAUACAUACAUAAUAUGUAGUCCUCUAAUAUUCACUGUGAAAAUGAAAAAUGAAUAGAAUAAAAUAAAAUGAAAAUAAAAUUAAUUAUUAAAAAUUUAAAUUAA